AUGAGUCAAGCUUCGGGACACGAAGGAGUCGAUCCUCAGUUUCUUUGGAUUCUACCAGAACAAUUCGAGGUGACAGAGUUGGCCAAAGAUCUCGUGGAAAGGGGCGUCAGCUUCCGGAUAAAUGCCCCAUUGCACCUUUUGUACCGAAUAGAGCACUUACUGGGGCUGGGGACAAGAUAUAUCGCUCAUUUCACAGAUGACCAAGCAUAUAGACGAUACGGUGUCGCGUGGCGAGCCUUUUGCAAGGAGGAGUAUGGGUCUGAACAGAAAAUUCGUUUCAGUGACUAUCACAGACACAAGGUAAUCCAAGAGGAUCUAAAUCUGAUUGGUCUGGAUAUGCAUGGUGGACUGUUGUCUCGCGUUGAAAAGGGUGACAGCCUGGACAUGACCGACAUCUUAGUCCUGGAUCCUCAAAAGGCAAGCAAGUUCUUCAACAUCGGCAUCAAACUUCCUUCCGAGAAUCCCGAGUAUCCAAAGAGCCUCUGCGAGGCUGCAACCAUGUUCGCGGAUCUGUCUCGUCUCAUAAAACCCAAAAUGACGAUGAAAGAAUAUGAGGCUGCGAUAGAAGAGUGCAAGGACAGCAACGAGAAGUGGGAGCUCGAGCGAAAGAAAUUCCGCCUGAAGAUCUUGGAUCGAUAUCGGAAAGCGUUGAUUGAAUUGGCCAUUGAGGAACAGUUGAGUGGCAUGAAGGGAAAUAAAAGGGCUGGGCUUUGGGAUGACUGA